AUGGACGAACGGGCCAAAAUCCCCGUCUCCCUUCCCAGCGCCAACCCGACAGUAAGUUACUGGCAGGAGCCGCCCGAUACCAUCGCCGACCACCGGAGCACCCCUGACCUCCCCGCCUCCGUCGACACGGUCAUCAUCGGCAGCGGCAUCACUGGCGCCGCCGUGGCAUGGAAUCUCCUAUCACAGACUCAGAGCACCAACCCUGGCGGCAUCGUGAUGCUGGAAGCGAGACAAGCCUGCUCAGGUGCCACAGGCCGGAACGGAGGCCACACAAAAUCCGCAUCCUACCGCACCUUCGCGCACCACGCGUCCACCCUCGGCCUGGCCGCCGCCAAGCAGAUCGCGCGCCUCGAGCUAGCCAACAUCCAGGCCGUCCACGCCUUCGCGCGCGAGCACAGCAUAGACUGCGACCUGACGCCCUGCCAGACCGUCGACGUGAUCUACGACCGCGCGCAGUGGGACGAGGCGGUGGCGAGCGUGCGCGCCAUGCGCGACGCCUUCCCCCACGGCGAGCCGGAGGGCCAGUAUGAGCUGUUCUCUCCGGAAGACGUCAAGGAACGGUUUCACGUCCAUGACGGGGCGUAUCAGGGCAGGGAGGAGCGGGUGCAGGGCGGGGUGGGCUACUUCGCGGGGAGCUUGUCCGCGUAUAAGUUUGGGCUGGGCGUGCUGAAGCUUUGUUUGGAGCGGGGACUGAAUUUGCAGACGGGGACGCCGGUUACGGGGUUGGAGAAGAAGAAGAAGAAAAAGAAGGCGGGGGAGAGAGAGGGGAUGUGUUGGUGGGAGGUCAAGACGCCUAGAGGGCCUAUCAACGCCAAGAGGGUGGUUCUGGCCGCGAACGGGUACACGGCCGCGGUCUGGCCGCGGUUUCAGGGGGUUGUUGUUCCACUGCGAGGGCAGGUGACGGCGCAGCGGCCGGGGAGCAAGAUGCCGCGCCGGGGGUGUCUGCCGACGACGUAUAGUUUCAUCUACAAGAAGGGCUAUGAGUACAUGGUUCCGCGACCCGAAGGGUCGAGGUUUGCGGGGGAUAUCGUUAUAGGGGGCGGGCUGGUGCGGGCGCCCGAUGACGGGCUGUUGGAGUUUGGGACGACGGAUGAUGGAGCGGUGAAUGAGGGUAUCAGUCAGUAUCUGCGGGAGACGACCCCGCGGUAUUUCGGGCCAGAUUGGGGGGACGAUGACCCUGAAGGAAGGGUGCGGAGUGAGUGGACUGGCGUCAUGGGAUUCAGCCCGGAUGGGUUCCCGCUCGUCGGGAAUGUGCCGGGAGAGGAUGGGCUGUGGGCGAGCUGCAGCUUCCAAGGGCACGGCAUGGUUCUGUGCUGGAUGUGUGCAAAGGCCUUAGUUGAGAUGAUGGAGGACGGGGAUAGUGAGCAGCUCAGAGACUGGUUUCCUGACGUAUUCAGAAUAACGGAGGAGAGGUUGUCCCAAAGUUUCCAGGGGCGGCUAGACGCAAUCCCAAAGGCGGGAGACCAUAUAGCCGGGCCGCCUCGCGGACCGAGCUCCGGACGCUAA